UCAUGGAUACCUGUCGCAAUGUUUAAACGUAAGAAUAAACGUGGAGGCAAUAAAUUUUCCGAAAAGGAUAUCUUUAUCUUAAAAAGGGUAAUUAUCAAUUUGCCGUUUGACAACAUCGACGAAAGUCGAUUUCAAUCGCUGCUCAAAAAUGUCGAAUGUGUCAACGUGAAAGAAACACAAGUUGUUUUGGAUAAAGGCAAACUGUCGCCCGGAUUGUACAUAGUUGUCGCGGGACAGGUUGAAGGCAUAAGCGUGAGGGGAAGACUUGCCAUACGUUUCUUCAGGCCGGCUGACUUUUUUGGCGACCUAUCGACGUUUUUCUCAAUACCUUCUCCCCUGACCGUCAGCGCUAAAGAAGGUGCAGAAUUGCUGUUUAUCAAAUCCGAAGACGUUCUCAAUGUGUUGUCAGAGAAAGCUAAUGUGGAUUUGUUCCAAUGGUUCAUUAGAAGGAAAUAUGUGGACACCGGUAAAGUUUUUAAAGACGGAGCUGUGUUGAAAGAACUUGCAUAUCAGGCCCUACAAGAGACACCGAUGUUCUUAAAUUGGAGUUCUGAUUGUUUACACUUUCUCGUCGAGCAAACUUUACCAGAAAUCAUUGUUUUGUUUCCAUCGGGCAGUUACAUCUGGCGAGAGGGAGAUCACGCUCGUGAGAUAUUCAUCCUCGUUCAAGGCACAGCAAAGAUUUUCACAUCAGAAAAUAAAGAGCUUGUGACCAUCUCUUCAACAAAGCCAGUUUCUCAUUGGGCGAGGAACAGUACUUCAGGCAAUCUAAAAGGAUCUUCGAUGUUUGGUCAGAAAGUCCAUGCUUGGUGUUGAUCGUAAGCAGAAAUCAUUUAGACUAUCUGUUCCACAGUGAUAUUCAGUGCAAUGAAGAACUAGCACUUUACGACCUUCUUUCUCAUCGGUGGGAAAGUCUGUUCACACAAAGAAAUAAAUCUCUGUAUUCCAAGUACCUCGGACAGCUUGACUUGGAAGUCACGAGCAUUAAAAUGUGGCAAGCAUUGGUGAAAUGUGGAAUGGAAGUCCCAUUUCAAGCUGGAUUCUUUCACAUGUUGUUUCUGUUGGCUCAUGCCUCCGAAGUUGAUGUGGGGGAAGGAAUUUUGGUUGCAAGUGAACUUAAUGACGUAGCUGUGCUCAUCAUUAAAGGGAGAGGGGAAAUUACAUUGGCUAACCAGAGAUUAGAAACUAUUGAGACAUCUGAAUUAUACUUACCAAAGAAUGAUUGCAGCUAUGGUGAUGAGCACUGGUUCAAAGCAGUCGAGCCAACAGUGGUUUUAAAGAUCCCCUAUGCAGUCAUCAGAAGUGCCCAAGAACAAUAUCCACGUUAUGAUGUAUUUUAGAACAUCAAGGUAGCAGCAGAACUCAUGGAAGGUUUUGUUUAUGUAAGUUGAGACUAAUUAUUUAGCAUGGUUUUUGUUAGAUUACAGAAAACUUUGUAAGACUCUUUGUUCUAUAAGCAAUGAGCUUGCAAGAAAUGUGUUCACAUUCUUCUUGAAGUGUACUUUAAUACAAUUUAUUUAGCAUACAUAUACAAUGUACAGUUUGUUGUUUAAUACUUGAACAUAUUUAAAUAAGUACAAAUAACCGUA